AUGACUACUGAUUUUGCUGUUAAAAAACAUAACCCUGAGGAUGAGGAUGUUAAGUAUGUCAAGUCGUUAGAUGGCUUGGCUCUUUUUGUUGGCUUCCAGAGCGAUGCAUUCUCGCUGCCAGUGGCAGAGUUCCCCGAGCUCAAGUCCAAUUCCAUUUACUUCACGGAUGGAGCAGUAGACGGACUGAUUGAAGACUACCCAACGGGUGGCCAUGACAUUGGCAUUUUCAAUUAUGAGAAUAAGACUGUGUCGCCAUGCUAUUAUCCAUGUGAUAUCAAGAAAAUGAAAAAGACUUUCCCUGCGCCUAUGUGGUUCUUCCCAACUCGUGCAUGA